AUGAAAUUGCAACAUAUGUUCAAAGUCAAACUCGUCGUGGGUCACUUCCUGUACAAGUUGGAGAUUCAGGACCAAAUCCCAUGCUCUCCACCUUUUCAGGCACUGCUGCUUCUCUGCAUCCAUGCGCUUCUCCUCCUUCGCCCUCAAGCGAUUCUUGUUCCUCGACGGAACCCAUCUCUCUCGUGCACAAGAUCUCACGUAAGCUGUUCAUGUGGCAGCCGAUCGUUCGCAUCUCCGCAAUCAUAUGUUGCAACCUCGGACAGCUUGUCUUCAGGGGAAUUCGUUCAGGGAGCCUCGCUUGAUUCUACAUUCACCCGACAUACCUCAUUUCCUUCCGCCAAUCGCCACAAAACUCAGCGAGAAGAAGAGCCUCCGUGCAGGAAAGAUUCAGCUCGUCGAUUGCGGAGAAAUAGACAAGUAUGAUGGAGAAGCCAUAACGGUGGGCUGCUCAGCCUCGCGCUAAAUUGCGGGGACACAGUAAGUACUACAGCGACUGCAGUAUAGUCAGCCGCCAUACCCGAUGAAGACAAAUUACGUAUUCGACUGAGGGAAGUGUCCCGGUGACCUACAGUACAGUGGUAAGGGGCCUAAGUUUUGCUCUAGGGUGAUUUGCUACUUCACUGCCUCAAUGGACUGAUGUCUCACUCGUCAAGAUCUUGUCAAGAUCUUGUCCACAUCCAUCGAUGCUUGACGACGAGAAUCAGCUUUUCCACUAGUGAUGUGAAUGCAUCAGGAAUGGAUUAGUGAUGUCAUCUGACUCAUGUCUUAUCCCUAAUGUCCCACUGCCUUUCUCAAGAGACUGUAAAGUUUAGAUCUGUAUGACUGUAAUCUUGAGCGCUUUAUCGCUUCUCGUUUGGUCCGCACGAAUGCCCUUCCAUGAGCAAACUGGUUUCUUUCAAAUUUCUGUAUGAGUUGUUAUAGUUGAUAUUCAGGCAUGAAGGUCUGUUCAUUGAGGAACAUGAGCCCUUCGCACGUAGACCGGAGGUUAGACAUGCAUCAUAUAAAAUUCUCGUCUUGCCGUUCAGCAAAUAUCCGCGAAAUUGACAAGGCAAAUUGCACCUUCUUAGCAGUAUGGUUUCGGACAAACUAGACUAUCUCCAAUCGCAUUUAGCACCCGACGAUUAGCCUUCAAUUUGCGGCUCGUGGCGGAUAGAAGGUACAAGUAUCCCAAGUGAAUCUCAGAUGGUUACAACCGUACAGAAGAUGUGCCGGCAUGUCCACAGCGACAGACACAUCUACGAUUCUCCUCACAGUUGAAUCAGAAUCUCUCGGUCUACCUUUCUCUCGGUUAUCAGC